UCAAAGACACAUUGGCUGUGGGUGAUUUUUUUUGUUAAAUAUUUAUUUUAAUUUUGUUCUUGCAGAGAGGCAAAGCUGAGGCGGGCGAAGCAGCAGCAAGCAGUAAUCUCUGCUUUGCAAACGUAAGCUUUUCGCUUUUUACUUUGUCUGCUUCGGGAGGGGAGGACUUUAACUAUUUCCAUAACGCUCUGCACCACUGGGGCACGUCCUCCCUCUCUUCCUCCCCUCCCUCAAUCCUUGAAUUUUUUUUAAUGUCCCCCUCUUUUUUCAAGAAAAAGAGACGAUUCUCCCCUCUUCUCGGCUGUAGCAAGCUCUCAAGACCAGAGGCGUGUUUCUUAAUGCCAGCCCGACUGGUUUAAGACUCGCUGCGCUGUGACAAGGACGCCGAAGGCAAGCAAGACUCGACUCUCUCCUCUCCAUGUACUGUGUCAUUCAAAGAAGUUUUACUUACUGAGAAGCUCCGUGGAAAGAAGGCGGUGGAGAGAGAGAGAGAGAGAGAGAGAGAGAGAGAGGACACACACUCAAAAGGCACUCGCAGUGAUAACACACACGGCAAACGAAGGAGAGACUUUAAAGUAUCAGGAACCUCCAGAAAAGACUUAAAGCAAUGACUACAGAGCUGGCCAUUAAUGCAGAAUUGCCCACCAGUCCGCUUGCCAUGGAAUAUGUCAAUGAUUUUGACCUGAUGAAAUUCGACGUGAAGAAGGAACCACUGGGAGCUGAUCGCACUGUUAGGCAUUGCAACCGCUUACAGCCGGCAGGUUCCGUCUCCUCAACCCCCAUCAGCACCCCUUGCAGCUCGGUGCCCUCCUCCCCGAGCUUCAGCCCCACCGAGCAGAAGACUCACCUGGAAGACCUGUACUGGAUGGCGAACAGCUACCAACAGCUCAACCCGGAGGCUUUGAACUUCACCCCCGAGGACGCGGUGGAAGCCCUGAUCGGUAACGCGCACGCCGUCCAACAGCAACUGCAAGGCUUCGAGAGCUUCCGAAGCCACCACCACCACCACCACCACCAUCACCACCAGUUCCAAGGGGUGAACCCGGACGAGCUGGGCAACAGCAACGGGCACCAUCAGCAUCACAACCAUCACCAACAGCACAGCUCUCCGGCUUCUUCGACCUCCUCGACCUCCCAGCAGAUUCAGAGCUCCCCUCAUCACCAGAGCCUCCUGGCCGAGGACAGGUUCUCCGAUGACCAACUCGUCAGCAUGUCGGUGCGGGAGCUCAACAGGCAUCUCCGGGGUUUCUCCAAAGACGACGUGAUCCGCCUGAAGCAAAAGAGGAGAACCCUGAAGAACAGGGGCUACGCGCAGUCCUGCAGGUACAAACGCGUGCAGCAGAAACACCUGCUGGAGAACGAGAAGACCCAACUCAUCCAGCAGGUAGAGCAACUCAAGCAAGAGGUGUCCAGGCUGAUGAGGGAGCGAGAUGCCUACAAACUCAAGUGUGAGAAACUCGCCAGCAAUAGCUUCAGGGAGGCUGGCUCCACCAGCGACAACCCGCCGUCUCCAGAAUUCUUCAUGUGAGUCUGCAGUCGCCUGCCAUCCUCCAUCUAUAACACCCCAUCCAUAUGCCUGCUUGAGAAUUGUUAGAGAGAAAGAGAGAGAGAGAGAGAGAGCGAGAGCGAGAGAAAGAGAGAGAGAGAGAGAGAGAGAGAACUAUCAGCAACAUAGCCCCAUCCAUAUAUUGCCUGUUUGGUUGUAUAGAGUGAAUUACAGAAAACUUGCAUUUAAAACACACAAAAAAAAUAUUAAUCCUGCAUGCUGGACAUGUAUGGUAAUAAUUUCUAUUUUGUACCAGUUUACUUUCCAUUCGGCAUGGCGUUUUAUUUGAAAGAAGUUACCACAGAAUAGUUGAACUAUUUCACUGCUUAUGCCGUUCUCGGUUUUCAGCUGACGAUUUUAACAGCUUGUAAAUAUAUGCAACAAGAACUGUGUCCAUAUGCACUGAUCCAUUUCAGCAGACUUUUUUUUUAAAAAAAGGAGAAACAACCUUUUUUUUCGCGGGUGGGGUUUGGAAGGGGAGUGGGGAGGGAAUGCUGAGGGCAAAUCUCUGCUGCACCAGAAACCAACAUUGUUAUUUCAGCGCCUCAUUUUUUUCCCUGUUGUUUUGGUUACUUUUUUUUUCCUUUUUUUUGUUUUUUUUGUGUUAGUUGUUGCAGAAUUUAAAAAGAAACGGACAGACAUGGAACACAAACCAUGAUUAGCAACAAUCAUUUUUAAAUGCCAUUAAUGUGUUAAUUUUACUUGGCGCCCCGAAAAUGGGCGGCGAUUGCUUCAGAAUUUAGAUUUGAGACUAUGACACUUUCUUUGGUAUAAUAGUUUGAUUUCUUCGUUAUUUGAAUUGUAAACUGUUUGUCACACAGCAGGAAACUGUAUUUGUUUUAUAAAUGCGGUUUAUUUCCUAAAUGCCUUCCACACGGGGGGGGGGGGGGGGGGGGGGGGAGG